GAUCUUCCUGAACGAGAGGAGGGGGAGGGAGAGGAAACUCCUGCCUUCAGUCACUGGGGACCCCCCCGCAGGGUGGAGGUGUGGGCGGAGGAGGAUGAGUCUCUGGGCCUGAGCAUCGUGGGAGGUCAUCACGUCAUCAAGCGUCUGAGGAACGGCGAGGAGCUGAAGGGGAUCUUCAUCAAACAGGUUCUGCCAAAGAGUCCCGCCGCCAAGACGAUGUGUCUGAAGACCGGAGACAAGAUCCUGGAGGUGUCAGGUGUUGACCUACGAGCUGCCAGCCACGAGGAGGCGGUCAGUGCCAUUAAAUCAGCUCCGAGCCCGAUCGUCUUCAUCGUUCAGAGUCUGUGUGCGACGCCUCGGGUACGAUCACACAUCAAAGCUCCGGUCAGAGGGGAGGAGUCACAGGGGGUUGGGGGGUUGGGACAUUUUCAACCUGAUGAAACUUCAGGAUCUGUGUCGGACACGGAGAGAGAUGAAGUUUAA